GGGACAUCGCGACCUGUCCUUCAGUUCUGGACCUUGAGCAGGUCCUGCCGCGGCAGACUGGAGCGGUAGUGGAAGCUGAAGUGGUAUCAGCGCAGGACCGGCUGCAGUGGCUGGUGCGGAGGUGGAAGUGCCAUGUCCGAGCCGCCCCCGCGAGGUGCUGAGCGUGACAUUUUCCGAGACACGUGGGUGCGGUACCUAGGCUAUGCCAAUGAGGUGGGAGAGGCAUUCCGCUCCCUGGUGCCAGCGGCUGUGGUGUGGCUGAGCUAUGGCGUGUCCAGCUCCUACGUGCUGGCGGAUGCUGUUGACAAGGGCAAGAAGGCAGGAGAUGUACAAAGCCCUGAAGCAGGCCGCAGCACCAGGGUGACCGUGGCUGUGGUGGACACAUUUGUGUGGCAGGCUCUGGCUUCUGUGGCCAUCCCAGGCUUCACUAUCAACCGCGUGUGUGCUGCCUCUCUCUACAUCCUGGGCACUGCCACCCGCUGGCCUCUGUCAAUCCGCAAGUGGACUACCACCGCAUUGGGGCUUCUGGUCAUCCCUGUCAUCAUCCACCCCAUUGACAGGUCAGUGGACUUCCUCCUGGACUCCAGCCUGCGCAAGCUCUACCCUUCGGUGGAGAAGCCCAGCUCCUCCUGACCCUGCCCUGGUACCUGGCCUGUGAGUUGGCCAACUCCCUGCUCUGGUCCAACUUCCUCCUCCUGCCAGGGGAUGUGGAUGCCUGGCUCCCUGGGAUCUGAGGCCCUGGCAUCAGAGUAUAUUUGAGCCUGAUGGAAAGUA